UUGGCAUGGUUCACAAGCAUUUGCCUUUCAUACUUAUCUUUAUGUAGAAACUUGAUAGACACUGGGCUACAAACAUACCACUGGACUUCUAUUGGACCAUCCAGUUGGCCUAGUUCUUCAGAAUGGAAACUUCUUCAAUGGAAACGGACGAAGUUAUGGUCGAAAAUCCAGUUGAAGAGUCCGAAAAGCUUUGUGAAAUCGCGCCGGUUGAAGUUUCAGAAACUCGUGUUCAAAUGCCGGAAAUGGAAAAAUCGCCGAUACCGCAAGUGAACGUACUGGAUCUUACUAAACUAAACCCCGAAGUUCAGCAGGGCUACCGCGUCUUCAUCGAAAUGUCGGCAGAUUCUUAUAAGAAUGUAACUUGGCCAUUUUUGGAGCCCGUAGAUGCCAAGGCACUUGGCCUGUGGGACUAUCAUGAAAGAGUGAAGGAACCGAUGAGCUUCAAGCAAAUUGGUGACAAAUUUAACAAGUAUGAGUAUAGGAGCAUCACUGAGGUUAUAGCAGACAUUCGUCUUAUUCUGGAGAACUGUUACCGCUACAAUGGAUCAGAUCACUGGGUGUCCAAACUUGGCCACAAGAUGGAGAAGAUACUGGAACAAAAGUUGGCUUUGCUGAACAGGUCCUUAAGAGACAAAGUGAGUUUGGAGGCCACCAUGGCAUUGAGGAGUGACUUUGUUCCUACAGAAGUUUCAGAAGGGGCAACUGGACGUAGACGAGCAACCCGUGUCUCCUAUGUCAGCAUGAUAAAUGGUGAAGAAUCAUCCUCUUUGCUUACACGGCUAAAGAUUCAGGAAGAUUUAGAGGAACGUGAGCGCCGUCGAAUACGUGAGAAGGAGAAAAAAGAGGCCAACUUGGUAUUGCUUCAGGAUUUAGCAGAGUGGGAGGAGAAGGAGCUGGAUCCUGAUAUGAUUAAACAGCUGCAUUCAAUGUGGGAGAUUCCUUCAAUUGCUAGCCUUUUAUUUCUACUGAAAGAUUUUCUCUGCAUUCAAGACCUUAGUGUUACUGAGCUUGAGCUUAGCUUUAUUUAUGCCAGUAAAUCUUCGUUACUGGCUAGAAUAUUUACAGCUCUGUUGAUUACUCCACACCAGCGGAAAAGCUUGUUCAAAAAGCCUCCAAUGAAAUUCAAAUUGUGGGAAUCCAAGCUAUGUGACAGAUUAAAUAGCUGGUACAAAGCCACUGAGAAGGAUGGCCAAGUACUGACUUGCCACCAGUGUGGUUUGGAUUUGGCCAUCUUUCAAGUACUGGGUGAUGCAAAUCCUUUACUGGAGAAGUCAUUCAUGGACCUAACUCUGCAUCAGCGAGUGUGGAUUCUUAAAUGUGUCUGUGACAACAGUUUGGUGAGAGACUAUGAUUUACGCGAUCAUCUAUCAUCCAUUGCUGCAACUGAACAACGAGAAAUGUUAUUGGGAAAUGAUGCAGACAACUGCACGUACCUGUAUUUUCCAGUCUUCUCUGCUUCUGACUUGCGCAUCUACAAGCAGUGUCCUUUAGAAUUUCCAUCAUUAAACAAAAGAAAGAGAAAGGUGGCGACGCCCCAACCUCCUCCCCCUCCCCCAUCGACAACAAAGUGCAAGGCAGCUCCAUCACGACCUGACACACCCACCCGACCCAGGAGAGAUACAAGACUUAGACAGCUUCGAAGUAAGUCGCCAUCACCCGAACCGGAAAACGAAAAUCUACUAUCACCGCCCCCGGAUGAAGAAGUAAAAGAGCCAAAGAACACAAUUGCAGAAGGGUUUGAACUUUCUGCCAGUGAUGUUGAAUCUCUCAAGAAGCUUUGUGAGCAGUUUGAAGAACCACCCCCUCCUCCCAAGAAACGUGGUAGAAAGCCUAAGCCCCCACCCCCAAGGAAGCGAUGUGAGGUUGAACUGCACCAAACUCUGUUUGGUUUGCUUGAAGAACUGGAGAAGUAUGAGAUGUCCUUCAGCAAGUUGACGAGUAAAGCAAAGAUAAAGAUUAUGAAGGAAAGUCAAGAACCUGAGCCGGUUGAUGAACCAGAAGAGGUAACACAAGCCGGAGAAGCUGAAGAAUGGGGCAGCGAAGAAAGCAUUGAAGAGGACAUUGAAGACGCUGGUGCUCAGAACAUGUCCAGUGACGAAGACUUUGUUCUGGACGAUGAAGAAAACGAGAAAAACAAAGGGGCAAGUACUGAGCAAGCGUCCAAUAGUGGUGAGAACAGUGACAACAAAGGUAACGCGGAAACACAAAGUGUGCUUCCGCUGAAGAGAAAAGCUGACGAUGCAAAUAUUGCCGAGGGUAGUGAACAAGCUGCUGCUACCAGUACAUGCGUGGACGGAGAUGAUGAUUCGUGUUCCAUUGCCAUUCAAACGACUCCUCCCAAACUGAAAAAGAAAAGAAGGAAGCAGUCUCUUGUCGCCGAAAACAAACCUACUGCUAUGUGUCAGACAGGGACUAGUAUUGAGUCUCAAACAGGAGCUGCGGGCGCCUGCCAGAAAGGAACUGUAUUAAAUAAGCGGAAUGUCGUCCACAUCCCAGCUGGAAUGAAAGGUGUUCAAGAGAAGAAAACAGUUACCCCACCAGUGAAAGUUGCUACCGCCGGAAAUGCAGACAUUAAAAUCACUAACACUGUCACAAGAACUGUUUCUACAUCGGAACCUACGUCUUCUGCUGGUACAGCAGCGGUACAGAAAAGCACUAGCUCUGCGCAGGUACAUCAGAAACUCCCACUUGCCUUCAAUUUGUCAUCUUCUUCUGUAGCACCGCCCGGUUCAGUUGUGGUGGUGCCUUCAUCGCGUAUCGGUGGUACUGUCUCAAGCACGGUGUCUAAGACUUCUUUAUCAGGAGCUGUUACUGCCCUAUCAGGCUUGGGAAAGGUCAUGUUAGUGUCAAGCUCUGGGGUUCCUUUGCAAGUGUUGAAAGCUGUGCCUAUCAGUCAGAUACAAGGGAAAACUAUAAACACUUCUGUCCUGAGCACCCAGAAAAAUAUCAGGACUAUUCCGGUAGGCGUUCCCACUACGCAGACAAAUUCAGUAGGAGUAACUACGAUCGCAUUAAAUUCUCCUCAGCUUCCAAGUGUCUCCAUUCCUAAAGUUGCCAUCGCCAAUAUGGCUACGACCUCUGGUACAUUGACGAAUUCAAAUAAGGGUGGUCAAGUCAGUACUACAAGUGCGUCAUUACACUCCCCUGUUCUUCUAGUGCAACGCCAGGGAGCCGGAGGGGUCGUACCCUUGGCGAUGAAGGGAGGAACGAUCGUCGUACCUACACCUUCAGCAUCACAAAAAGUCGUGGUUAUCACCCCGUCAAGCUCAUUAACAUCAUCUACAACAAGCACAACACCGCUGUUAUCUGGAACAGGUAUUUCUGUGGUGGGAAAUACUCAGGUUGCACAGACUACUGUAGGGCAAAAGGUUGUUUUACCAGCAGGCGUCAUAUCAGCCACCCAGACUCUGUCGUCGCUGAAACCAGAAGCUAAUACUGUUUCAAACAGUAAACCCGCCUCCUCAGCGGGUAAAACUCCAACUCAGUCUAAUGCUUCUUCUCUACUUAAGGAUAGCAAUCCAUUGAAAACAAUAAAUUCGCCAGGCGUGGCACCGGCUGCAGCUGAAAAUGCUUCUUCAACUAAAAAAGUUACCCCACAGUUUACAACUCCGAGUGAAAAGCUAACGAAAGCGGAUUCAGACCGCGUCAGUGAAAUGGUUACACAAACUGUAAAGUCAAAUUGUGAUGUUUCAGCUUGGUUAAUGAACAACCAGACAUUGCCAUCUACUUCGCAAGACACUUCUAUAGAGCGCACUACAUCUCUAGAAACCAAUUUGGAGCAAAAUUUGACUUAUGAGGAUAAAUCUUUGCCAUCACAGAGCACGAAUUGUCAACGGGAAACCAUUGAUAGUGGUGAUACUAAUGAUAAAACUAAAACAGACUUCGUUGAAAAGGAGCAAGACUCUAAAAAUGGUUCCGAUCCCCUGGUUGAUCUCACAUGUUAUGAGAUAAGUGUAACUGACUCCGCGGGAUGUGAGGAAAACAACGAUUCUGUCCCGAAUGGGCUUCAUCCAGAUCUGAAGAUAUCCCUUCCAACUAAACUCACAGACACUGACUUUAAACUGUGUAAUGGAGUUAAUCAAUCAGCGACUUCUGACUCAAAUUCCGAGAUUGAAGAACUUGACUCUGCAGAACAGAGUCAUUCAAUCGUUGAAAAAACUCCCAAUGGUGCUGUAACGAACGAAACUUAAUAGAAUGAUUGCGAUCGGAUGGAUGUGAGGAAAUCAAAUUCAUUUAGCUAAUCUUGUCUCCCUGAAAUGAUAUUCCAAGUGUUUGACUCACGUGGACUAUAAGCAGUUCCAUUGUUUUUUCUUUCCUUUUUAAAACAAAGAUCCAAACCCGUGUUUGUAAGGGUUCGUGUAAGUGUUUCGUUACAAUAACUCUAGAAUAUUUUGCGAAAAUUUUUUUUGAAAAAUGCGAUGGUAACUUGUACAAUAGGGUAACUUUCCAAGGGGCAAGACAACGGUUUAAAAUUUAGAGACCCUGAGAGACGUUCCUUUGAGGAAAUAAAUUACUGAGAGCAGAUGUGUGCGACCGUUUAGGUUUUUUUUACCGAGAUUAUUUAGCUUGCCUAGCGUUUUUUUCCUUGAUUUAAAAUGAAAAGGCUUUUUGUGCCGGACUCACCUUUGCGUUUUUGUUAUUAUUAUUCUUAUUAUUAUUAUUAUUAUUAUUUAUUUAUUUAUUUAUUUAUUUUUCAUGCUGCAAAACAUUGCCCUUAGAUGAAACGUUAUAUUUUCAACCCUAUUCCACGUUUAGACACGGCACACCUAUGAGAGACAUUCAGAUCUUCGAAGGUGUUAUCUUUCUACCCCUAAAAGACUGACAAUAAUAAGAAUAAAAAAGGAACGGAAAGAUUCGUUACUCCCUUCAGAGUU